CUUUUCUUUUCCAUCAACCAUCUACGUUAAACAUAUCUUGAUACUAUGGAUGCAAAGACACAGAAAUACGACCGCCAACUCAGACUUUGGGGUAAUAGCGGUCAAGAUGCUCUCGAGUCUGCACAUAUACUUCUAGUCAAUGCCACCGCUGUUGGCUGUGAAAUCCUCAAGAACUUGGUUCUUCCAGGGAUCGGCCAGUUCACGGUAAUUGAUCAGGGGACUGUCACGCAAAACGACAUAGGUUCCAACUUCUUUCUCGACUUUGAAAGCCUAGGCAAGCCAAGGGCGGAGCGCGCAUGUGAACUUCUCGGUGAGUUGAAUGAGGAUGUUAAGGGCCAUUGGAUUGCCAAGGACAUCCUUUCAAUCUUGAAGGAGGAUCCAGCUUUCCUCGCUCAGUUCUCUACGGUCAUCGCAACCAAUAUCACACGCGAGACUGCUGAAAAGAUUGCAGCGCUUUGCUGGGUCAAUGGGCAACAAGGCGUCGAUAUUAACACUAUUCCUGCUGGAAAGAAGAAGACCGCGUUUGUUUGGGUCAAGACGGUUGGAUUCAUCGGAGCAGCCAGGAUUGCAGUACCGGAACACACUAUUGUGGAGACCCAUCCCGACAACGUUGCCGAUCUCCGUAUCGAUACUCCUUUCCCUGAACUCAUUGCCUUUACAAAGUCAUUCGAUUUUAAUACCCAGGAUGGACUGGAGUUUGGCCAUAUUCCAUAUGUUGCUAUUCUUCUUAAGUAUAUGGAAGAAUGGAAGCAGGAGCAUGGAGGCAAAAUCCCUUCCACAUACGCGGAGAAAAAUCAACUCAAAGCGGCUAUUAGAUCUGGAAUGAGAUCAGCAGAUGAUGAAAAUUUCGAAGAAGCUAUCAACUCGGUACUUAGAUCAUGCCAACCCACUGUAGUUCCGAGCAGUAUCAAGGAGAUUUUCAAUGAUCCAAAGUGCGUGAACUUGACUUCAGAGAGCUCUAGCUUUUGGAUACUUGCGCGCGCUUUAAAGGAUUUUGUGGACGACUAUGCUAAGAGUGCUGGCUUACUGCCCUUAUCUGGCACCAUCCCAGAUAUGAAGGCACAGACUGAUAGUUAUGUGACGCUGCAGAGCAUCUAUAAAGCCAAAGCAAAACAGGAUAUUCAGGAGGUAUCAAAGAUUGUGGACUCACUGUUGGAGUCGAUUGGUUUAGCACCAGGCUCAAUCCCACUCCAAGAAAUCGAAACUUUUUGCAAAUUCUCUGCGUUCCUGAAAGUCAUUCGUUAUCGCAGUCUGGAGCAGGAAUACAAUCAACCUAAAAUAAAGCAGAUUGCUUCAUGGUUGUCUGAUCCUGACUCUAUUUUCCCUCAAUACGUCCUCUUACGUGCUUCAGACUCCUUCUAUGAUGAUCAUGGACACCAUCCUGGUGAAGGAGAAAAUUGGGAAGAUGAUGUGGACCAACUUCAGGGCAAUGUCAAUAUCUUGUUGCAGUCCUGGGGUCUUGAGAACGACACUAUCUCUAAGGAUUUGACACAUGAAAUCUGCCGCUACGGUAAUGGCACGAUUCACAAUAUUGCUUCGUUCAUAGGUGGAGUCGUGAGUCAGGAGGUCAUCAAGCUGAUCACGCAUCAAUAUAUCCCUAUGGACAACACAUUCAUCUUUGAUGGAGCACGUUCCGUCUCUGCUGUCUUUGCGGUCUAAAUCAUCUUCUCUUUUCACUGCGACUCUUUGAACAUCCAUAAUUAGGGAUGAUCGUUAACAUAAAAAAAAAAGUUGCUGGAGACAGACGAACAGACAAUUAAAAAACGUAACAUUGAGCCCCCUUCAAAAGCCAUAAAAAUAAAAAGCACGAGAAUAUAUGAG